UGCCAAGUGAGUGCAAGCAGCCUUUCUUCUUUGGGUAAGCUGCUUAUGGAGCGCAGGGUUCAGGAGGAAGCGGGUGAAGCUGCUCUGCUUUCGCUCUUAUUAUUCUUGUUAAUAACACCCACUUUUACAAACUGCAGUUUUGUGUUUUCUGCUUGUUUGUUUUGAAUCGUGUUUGUGGGGAGACUCCACCCCCUCGUCCUUGUGCUGAAGGAUUUCUGCAGGUGGAGGACAAUGGCGAGAAGGUCUGCUGCUCUGUUUCUGCUGCUCUGCUGCUCUGUCAGUCGGGGCCAGUCGGAGGCUUCUGUCCCCCCGCCGGCGGUCAUCUCCCAGGCCCUCCCCAUCCUCUGGGAUGAACUGCGAGGGCUGAAGGAGCUGGUGCUGAGCCUGAAGGCGGAGGAGGUGGGCCGGCGUCAGAUCCUGAGGAGGGUGGAGAGCUGGCUGAGGGAUGGAGAGGUGCUGGCCGAGCAGCAGAGACGGAGCCUGGAGGGACUGAAGGAGGAAGCGCUUCGACAGGCGGAGGAGCUGAGGGAGAGGGUGGAGGAGCUGGAGGAGCAAAGCAAAGCUCGAGCCGCCGACGUGUCGACACUUCAGUCCAGGCUGAACAGCAGCGAGCGCUCGACGGACGACCUGAAGAAGAAGAAUUCGGCUCUGGCGGCGGAGCUGCCGUUCCUGCAGACGAGACUGAGGGCGAGCGAGAGCACCGUGGAGCAGCUGAGGAGGAAGAACGCAGUGUUGGCGGCCAGACUGUGUAACACCGAGAGUCUGAUGGAGGAGCUGAGGCAGCAGAUCUCAGAGUUUCCGGCCUCCAACGCCUCGUCUCUGACGCCUGACAUGUUGGAGCUGGAGGCUCGACUGGGCGCCCGUCUGGAGGAGCUGAGCGCUGACGCUGAAGUGGAGUCGGCGGAGGUUUCGGCGCUCGGCAGCAGGCUGAGUGAGGCUGAACGCCGCUUGGAUGAGCUGCACACACAAACCUCAGCUGUCACAGCCUCGUGGGAAGAAAACCUGUCGGCUGUGAAGAGUCAGGUGCAGCAGCUGGAGCUGACCGGCACAGCUCAGACCGACUCAGUGAAGCAGCUGCAGCUUAAACUAAACUCCACAGAGCAUCAGAUCCACGAGCUGCAGACUGAAACAUCAGAUCAAAGCUCCAAACUGACGAAGCUGCAGACAAACGUGAGCGCGAGCGCGAGCCUGCAGGGCAACCUGAACACAGAGAUUAUGAACCAACUGAGAGAUGGUGAAAAACGGCUGGAACAGCUGAAGGCUGAGCACACAGCUCAGACCGACUCAGUGAAGCAGCUGCAGCUUAAACUAAACUCCACAGAGCAUCAGAUCCACGAGCUGCAGACUGAAACAUCAGAUCAAAGCUCCAAACUGACGAAGCUGCAGACAAACGUGAGCGCGAGCGCAAGCCUGCAGGGCAACCUGAACACAGAGAUGUUCACCAGGCUGAGACGUGGAGACAAACAGCUGGAGCAGCUGCUGUCUGAGCACACAGCCGUGGAUGUCAGAUUGAGAUCCUCUGAGACACAGCUGGAACAGCUGGACACUCGUGCUGCAGGCCGUGACAUCGAGCUGUUGGCCACGAAGCUCAGACUGAACGUCACCAAGCGGCAGGUGGACGAGCUGACGACACAAAACACAGUGCGAGCCGCUGAGCUGGAGUCUGUUUCGGACCGACUGACGGCGGCACAGAGACGCGCUGAUGAGCUGCAGGUCAGGCUGAACCAGCUGAGCGCCUCGUCCGAGGAAGCAGGUGAGCUCAGGGUGGCGUUUUCAGCCGGUCUGACCGAUUCAGGGUCAGUGGGACCGUUUGAUGAAGAAACAACUCUGAUCUUCUCCAAAAUCAUCACCAACAUUGGCGAAGCCUACAACCAGACAGCAGGUGUUUUCACGGCUCCUGUCAGCGGACUGUACGUCUUCAGCUUCACGGCUGCAGAUUACCUGAAAGGCUACAUGGGCCUGUACCUGUACAAGAACGACAAGCCGAUCGUCUUCAGCCUCGACCUGAACGACCACGGCGGCUACGCCUCCACAAGCAACGCCGUGUGUCUGCAGCUAGAGGAGGGCGACCGGGUGCACCUCGGCCUGCCGGCCAGCUACCGCCUCUAUGACGACUCGCGAAACUUCAGCGUGUUCUCCGGCUUCCUGCUGUUCCACCUGUGAUGGCGACGUCCUGGGAUGCACCCAGAUUAUCCAACCUUUGUACGGCAGAGCAAACAGGAAGUGGGAUGAAAGAGGCCACGCCCUUAAUAACGCAAACUUUACUCUUUACUCUUUAAUAUAACGUAAAGCGGAGGAAAUGAUCCUGUAAACAGGUUUAACGAGUCUCACUGCUGCUGUUUCUGCUCCAGUGAUCAUUUCAUGGAAAAGUCUCAGGAGGAGCGUGAUUUUAGCCCCGCCCCUGUGAAUGUAGCAGUCAGUGAAAUAACGUUCUCGUCUAUCGAUCAAUAAAGUUUUAACAGAC